GCGAUUACGAAAGCGAGAAAGUUAUCGGAAAUACAGGACAAGACCAGUGAAAAGCGCCUAACAAUUUGCCGAUCUAUCAUAGAAUUCAAAGAAAGGAGAGUCAUUUCUCGUCAAGUCGCGCUCGUAGCAACAUCUCCUAGGCAAGCACGUAUCUACUUUCUAUUUGCGCUGCAUUUGCGUCUCAAUUUUUUAUCAGUUAUAAUUAUAAUCGUAUAAUCAAAUCAGUAUCAAUGGAUAAAGAACUAUUUAUGUUCACGUACUUGGAGGAUAAAACGGCAGAGAAGUUAGAUGAGAUGUACGGAUUCAAGCCUUCUUUCCUCAAGGUACAACCUAGCCAAUGCUUAUUGCCAGUGCAAUUUGUCUUCUACGCGCAAAAGAUACGCAACCUAAAGGUGUACGAAGACGAUAUUUGGAUGGUCUCAUUUCCGCGAACUGGAAGUCAUUGGAUGCAGGAAAUGAUAUGGUGUAUCGGAAAUAACUUCGAUUACGAAAAAAGUCGCGUAUCUUUUUUAGAACGAUGUCCUCUACUCGAAACUUCAUCUGUCUUAAUUGGCAAGCAGUUCAAUGAUCUAACAAAUAUGGGUGACCUAUUUGAAUUCGUGGUAAAAAUGCCAAGACCGCGAUAUAUUAAAACGCAUUUGCCUUGGGAGUUAUUGCCAAAAGAACUUAGGGAGAAGAAGCCAAAGAUAAUUUACAAUACGAGAAAUCCAAAAGACACAUGCGUUAGUUUUUACCACUAUUGCAGAACGUUUCACAACAUGCAAGGAAACUUCGAGGAAUUUGCGGAAUUAAUGUUACAAGAUAACAUUCCCAUAGCCCCCUUCUGGAAGCAUAUUUUACCAUUUUGGAAGAUAAAGGAUCAAGAAAACAUAUUAUUCCUUACUUACGAAGAAAUGAAACAGGAUCAAGUUGCGGUAAUUAAGAAAACCGCAACAUUUUUAGAUAAGAACGUGACGGAUGAACAAAUCGUUGAAUUGUGUGAACACUUGAAAUUUUCUAAAAUGACUGCAAAUCCGUCGGUAAAUAUGGAAAUGAUGUUGGAUAAAACACGACAGAAUGAUCCAAAUCAUAAGUUUAUAAGGAAAGGCAAAAUUGGAGAUUGGGUAAACUAUAUGUCGAAGGAUCUGUCGCAACGUUUUGAUAAAUGGACCGAGGAGCAUCUGCGUGGAACUGGUCUGCAACUUCAAAUGGAUGUUGUAGAUGAAGAAUAAACAAUUAUGCAAUAUACUGCAAUACUACAAAUAUACUAAAUGCUAAAAUGCACUUCAGCUGCAUGAUGACCGCGAGUUGUUGCAGUAAUUUUUAAAUCAAAUGUAUAUACGUGCGUAUAUAUAUAGAGAGUAAUAAUGCAUUUGUCAAAUAAUGGUAUCUUGUUAGUUAUAUCCUGUUGGUAAUAUCUGUUACAUCUGUUGGAUAAUCGAAAUUAAUAAUAUUCUUAUAUCAUUUAUUAUACCAUAUAGUUAUUCUGCAUAAAUAUAAAUAU